CAUGCGAUACUUUCCGUUGACACCUCGGCUUAAAAGAUUAUAUAGUUCGAGGAUUACAGCGAAGAGCAUGAUAUGGCAUCAUACUGGAAAAUCAAAAGAUGAUGGGGUUUUGCGACACCCGGUCGACGGUUUAGCUUGGAAAGACUUUGAUGCAAAACAUCCCGAGUUUGCAAAGGACCCAAGAAAUGUUCGACUUGGGUUAGCUGCUGAUGGAUUUAAUCCAUUUGGCAACAUGAGUCUUGCAUACAGCAUGUGGCCAGUGGUGUUGGCUAACUAUAAUCUACCACCUUGGUUAUGUAUGAAAGAUAAUUAUUUUUUGCUAUCUACCCUAAUUCCUGGUGCAAAAUCUCCAGGUAAAGACAUGGAUAUAUUUUUAAGACCUUUGGUGGAUGAAUUAAAGGAGUUGUGGAAUAAUGGGUUACCAACGAGAGAUAGUUCGACAAACUCGAUGUUCACCAUGCGUGCUGCGCUUUUGUGGACAGUGAAUGAUUUUCCUGCUCGUAGUAGCUUGUCUGGGUGGAGUGGUCAAGGUUAUAAAGCUUGCCCUACUUGUAAUGAAGACACGACGUCCAUUCGAGUGAUCGGAAAGACAUCAUAUGUUGGUCAUCGAAGGUUCUUGCCAAGUAACCAUGCAAUGAGAAGGGAUAAUUUUAUGUCCUCAUUUAUAAAUUAACAUAAUUUUAAAUUAUUUUAUUACAUAGUACUACUUUGAUAUCGAUGGGAAUCCCCAUCGAGACCUACUUAUGGGGACUUUAUAUUCGGUGAUGGCGGAGCGGUAUAGUGAGCGAAAGACACUCAGACACAAGCAUUUUAAACAACAUUACAAAAAACCAGAAGAUUGGGAGACAGUUCUCAAAUUCCCCCCUGACUACUUGAAUACCGAGACUUGGAAACCGGUUUGCGAAUUGUUCGUUAGCGAGGCAUUUUUGAAUCGUUCAACUAAAAAUAAAUCGAAUCGGCAACUAAUGAAAUAUCCAACAACGCAAGGCACAAAAUCGUUGGCGUCCAUACGCCACGGAAUGGGGGGUCCUCCUGGAGAGCAUGUAGUUGAAGCAUGGAAGGAGAUCCAUGUGAAAAAACCGUCUGGAACUUUCGUUAAUGAAUUAGCUGCAAAAGAUUAUGUAAGUGAAUAAAAUGAUUUAUUAUUAAAAUUUAUAUUUUAUAUUAAUUAUAUAUUCUAAUAAUUUUGAUUUAAAUAGGAGGAACUGAUCAAGGAGCUUGAUAGGAAGAGACUUGAACGACAAUCCCAGAGCGAUACUGGAACUGAAUCUGAAUCUGAUACUGGUUAUCAGUUUGACGUUUUGGAAACAGUUCUAGGCCAAAGAUCUGACUAUCAAAGAGGCGUGGGUAAAAGGCUCAAGGGCAAAGGAAAGAAACCAAUCCCUCAAACUCAAUCGACGGUGCCUCCCCAACCAACUACUGAAAUGAUGAGCACUGUGGCAGAAAUAUUCUCAGCUAUGCGUGCCACUUGGGGGGGUAAUUUGACGCCUGAACAACGUGCUCAAAUAUUUAAUCCACGUUUUGACAAUUUUAUUCAAACGUAUAGUCAGUCGCAGUCGCCUGGUGGUUCGUCUUCUCAGAGUUAUGCCGCUCCUCCGGAACAGCAACAACAACCUCCUCAACCACAACAGCCGUCUUCGCAACAACAAUUCCAAAGUUUGUCACAGCAGCAAUUUGAAAAUUUUUUGCAGCAGCAACCCCAAUCUUUUCCUCAGCAGUUUCCUCAGCAGCAACAACAGUCUGCUCCGCCAUUGGGAAAUCAGUUCUUGUACCGAACACCAUCAGAGUCUCCUCCGCUCGGCUCAAACUUUGCUGAUUUUGGAUUAUUUGGGAGUUCAUCGCAGGAGAACCAAUUUUAUUCAACUCCCAUUUUCAACCAAGCUGAGCUCGGUAAUUUAACGCUGGGUUUAUCAUCAGACCAAGCGUAUGUGCCUUCUCCGCCACGGGCUUCGGGGACUCGUACCGAAAAUAAUCCAGAUCAAGACUUCAUAAUUAGAGACCUGAAUGAAGAUGUUAAUGAAUAAUUUAUUUAUGUUUUGUAAUAAUUUAGUUUAAUUUUGAGACAAUAUUUUAUUAGGAUUAAUAUGUUAAAGUUAAUUACUUUGGAGACAAUUUUAAAUUAUUAAUAAAUUUUAUU